CGAGGGCCAAGAACUGGAUGACUGUCGUUUUCUCCCUAAACACCAUUCUAUAUAUUUCUCUCCUCAGGUGUUUCGGAUGUUCUUAGGACAGAUGGUAGAUGUAUUAGUUUACAUCCAUCGGCAAAAUAUUUUUCACCGGUGAGAAGGAUUUGAUUUUUUUUCUUUUAGCAGAGGAGACGCAACUCCCAUCAGCUUGAGGGUGGUUUGGGGUGUUGAUCCUCUGCUCUAAAAGCAGAUGGGGCAUGGCCCAUUUGGAAAGGAUGCUCUGGAGUUUUAAGGGGUGAAAUGGUGCAUAAAGAGACCCAAAUAUUUGGCCCAACCCAAUCUGGAUAGGAAUUCGAGGAUGCCAGCAGGCUGAUUCUCUGAUUGGGGUUUCUCCUGCUGUUACUAUGUGGAUCUUAGCAGUGCAAGCAUUAAGUGAAAGGUUCUGCAUCUUUACCCAGCUGCAGCUCCAUUUUAAAGUGGGUGACGCUGUUCUGCUCUGUUUCAGAAAUCUCAAACCAUCUAACAUCCUUUCAACUGGGGAGGCGUCUUUCAUGGUUUGCGAUUUCAGCUCGGAAACCCUCAUGACAGAUGAGAUGAAAUGGAAGAUAAGAGUAGAAGAAGAGCCUGACUCUAAAUGCUGGAUGGCUCCAGAGGCGCUCAAUUUUUCCUUUAGUGACAAAUCGGACAUUUGGUCAUUGGGCUCUAUUCUGCUUGACAUGAUAACCUGUUCUUAUGUGAAGGUGAAAGAGCCUCUGUUGUUAUUGCACAACAUUAAGAAGGAGGCCUGUGUUCUCGAGGAGGCUGUGAGCACCAUGAAACAACUGGAUCCCGCCUUGUCUUCUCUUCUGUUUCUGAUGUUGAAAAUUGAUCCGUCUCUGAGGCCAACCUCAGUGUGAGUCCAGAUGCGUUCUCCCAUUAGGAUUAUUACUUUCAGGAUUUUUAACACACUUUUGGAGUUCACACCUUCCCCAGUGAUACACAUUGCGAUAGAAACAGACCACCUUUUUGUGGCUGCUGCAGUUAAGUGGGCAUCACAGCAGUGUGUGUGUUUUCUGAACUUCCUUGCAGUCUUAUUCAAGAGCAGCUCUCAGGAUCACACAACAUACUUGUGCUGAUUUUUCUCUAGGGGGUAUUGUCUGAACCUAGCCAUUUUGGUUUCCAAAUCAUGGUUUAUGGCUCAGUGUGUUGGGUUACCCAGUCAACUGUAGUGAUAUAGUAAAUGAUGAUGAAGCAAAUUGUGCCUUAAUUUUUGAAUAAACCUAGCUGUUGCCUCCUGUCAACUACAUUGCGUCAGCCAAGCUGGAUUCAGGAAAACUGUG